AAGACUCACACUGCAAAUGAGCAUGGGCUGUCUUAUGAUAUGGUAAUGAAACUUAUUCAGCCAUCUUAUCUUGGCACCGGCUACCAUAUUUACAUGGACAAUUUUUAUACCAGUCCUACACUGUUCAAGGACCUGGCCAGCAAAAAGUUUGGAGCUUGUGGCACUUAUAGGGAAUCCAGGAAGGGAUGCCCUAAAGGGAGGCCAAAUGCUCUCACUAAAAAAAGUGGAAGAGGAUCAGUGAGAUGGAUCAGAGAGGGCCCAGUGGUCUUUGUGAAGUGGAUGGACACACGGGAGGUGUCUGUCUGCUCAACUAUCCAUCCUGCGUUUUCAGGUGAGACGGUGCAAAGGAGGGUGAAGAAUGAAGUGAAACGCUGGAUUGUGAAAGACAUUCCAUGUCCUACACCAGUCAUGGCGUACAAUAAAUACAUGGGUGGGGUUGACCUGUCUGAUCAACUCAUCCAGUAUUACUCUGCACAACGGAAAACUUAUCGUUGGUACAAGACUGUGCUUAUGCAUUUGGUUGACAUUGCCACAGCAAAUGCCUACAUCCUACACCAAGAGUUGUGCAAAGCCAAAGGAGUGAAGCCCAUGACACACAAAGACUUCAAUGUGGAGAUGGCCAGUCAGCUUUGUAGUGUGGACAUGGCAGGUGUUCCAAGGAGAAAGGCAGCUGAACACAUUCCUGUGCCCAUUAGUGCUCAGCAAAAUGCCAGAAACGGCAGACUGCAGUGCAGACACUGCCUCCAGGUGAACAAAGUCAGGAAGGACACACAGUGGAAAUGUGAGGGCUGUGAUGUGCCAUUGUGCCUUCUGAUUGACAGAAACUGCUUUGCACAGUGGCACAAGUAAUUUGUGAUGGAGAUAUUGACAUAUUUUGUAAAUAGUUGUAAAAAAAACGCCUGGGAAAUUACCCACAAUAUGGUGAAAAUAUGACUAGUAAUUUGUUUUUUACUAAGUUUGUACAAAAGUUCUUAAAAUUUACCCAAAAACUUUUCAUGUUAGGCUGUAAAAAUGGUUUGUUCAACAUUUUUGUGAAUAUUAUAGUAAAAAUAUCAAUAUUUUUUCUACUCGGAUUUUGUUUCUGUGUGUGUUUUUUGCUCCAAUGUGAUAAUAAAUUUUGUCAAAAUGAAACAAACACUGUAAAAUCACAAAGUUUAGGAUGUUCUGAAAAUAAUGAUACCAAACAAGGUAAGGUAAAUAGUUUUUAUGGUGAAAAUAUAAGGGUAAAUUCAAAAUUAGACCAAAACGGCCAUUUAGACCCAAGACUCCAAAGGGU